CCAAUUAUCUUCAGAAAUCUCGCGAGGCAGAUUAUUUCAUUUCUUCGAAUUCGUCCCGCGCACAGCUUUUCUUUCUCCUUCACCGUUUCGCCGCACAACUUUUAUUUCUCUUCCACCGUUUUUUCCAAUUUUUUUCUCACAUUAGAACAUUUUUUUCUCUCAUCCCAGAGCACAGUCUCCAAGCCCUAAACGUCUCCAAGCCUAGCCCGCGCACACUAGUCGGAGCAUCCACGCCGUCUCCUGGUGGCCGCCGAGGAUUGUGAGCUUCCGGUCUUCGAUACUGUGAGGGAAGAGUGCAAGUCGCACAUUGCUAGGGUUUCACAGGAGUGGGGUUUCUUCCAGGUCGUCUCUCUCAGAUUUUCAUCUGGAUACAAGUAAAACAAAUAUAUUAGAUCCAUUAGGGGGUGUUCAAAUUGAAAGAGACAAGAUGGCUGGCCAAUCAAACCAUGAGCUUUCACUGUUUUCAGCAGAGGAGCUUGAGUUCAUUGCUGAGGAUGAGAUCGUGGACAUUGUGCCCAAUCUAAAAAUGGGACCUCUCAAUUUCAUUUGUGGAGAUUUUGGCCCAUUUACGCCUCAGAUUGUUACUCAAGUACCGCUGUGGUUGGCCAUUGCUCUCAAGAAGAGAGGCAAGUGCUCCAUUCGGCCUCCCCAGUGGAUGUCCGUAGAGAAGUUGAGUAAAGUUUUGGAGGAAGAGCGAGACUCUCAAGAGAUGUCAGAUCAAUUGCCAUUUCAUUAUGUGGAAAUCUCAAGACUUCUUUUUGAUCAUGCACGUGAUAACAUUCCCGAUUUAUAUAUGGUGAGAUCCUUAAUAGAGGAUAUAAGAAAUGUAAGGUUUCAUAAAGUUGAAACCAACUUGGAAGAAUUUAAUGGUCGUACAAUUGCUGUUAAGAUAAAAAAUUUGUCUGCAAUGGAAGUGAAUAUUGUUCGUCCAUUUAUUGGAAGAGCUUUACAAGCAUUUUAUACGCAUGAUAGUCCAGAGUUGAUACCAGACCCUGAGAGAGUUUCUGAUAGAAGACCCCAAGUUGUCAACAAUGCUCCCAGAAGACCAUUAAGACGAUAGUUAUUAUCUAUCACAUUGGCAAGCUUUAAGGUGCAUAUUUCGUGAGAUUUGCUUCUCAAUUUGUUCGCAUAAUUAUUUGUUAAGAAUAGGAAAAAACACUUGCAUGGUUAUGCAAAUGUACCUGAAUGUAGUUAAUUUUACUUGUAGAAUUAAGUAUUUAA